CCUUCGAGCAACAACAAAAAAUUCAAGGCCAUUCCGCCCUGCGAAGGUGAAUGACGAGUGGAACUGUAAACAUCCUGGUCGCAACCUUCGUGGCACGCAAUGUCUAUGCACUGCAACUUUCGCAAGCCGCGCCGAAACGCCGCCAACAGUUCUUGCGAAUCCGCAACGCCAGACGUCGACGCAGCGCUGUCCCGAGGAGGAAGGACGCGCUCGACAUUUGUCGAGGUGGGUGAAAGCGUCCAGCGUAAGAAGAAGAGGAGGAAGAAGAAGACGAAGAAGGAUGAGCCUCGCCACGAAGCAGCGUUCCCCCGGAGCUCCGACGAAGACCGCGAAAGGUGCGAUGGCCCAACGAAAAUCGAGCCACAGUCGUCGCACCAGUUCACCUGCCCGGAAAGCCUCGUCACCGAAGAAGCACCGGGAACCGGAACCAGCUCACGCGAGUCCGCAUACCCAGCGCACCACCGCCCACGACAGCCCCGUGGACUCCCGCCCGGGCCCUGCACGCAAGCGUAGCCAUUCCAUUGGCAGCGCGUCGCUGGCUCGCAUGAAAAACCUGGCCUUGAGUGGCCGAGAAGACCAGCGUCGCCCCUCCGAGUCGUCAUGGCGGCGUGCGACGGUGGCGGGGCUGUCGUGCGCCCGCGCCGUGACUCCACUCUGUUACUUUUUCGCGGCGCUGGUCGGCGCCGUCGUGCUCACCGCCUUGAUCCUCGGCUCGUCAGCGACGCGCAAGGCCCAUCACAAGGCCUUCCAGUACAAAGGCUGCACGUCCAGAGGCUGCCAGGAGCACUUGGAGCGCCUGUCCAACAGCAUGAACAAGACCGUAGACCCGUGCAGGGACCCGACGGCCUACGUGUGCGACAAUGUGCGCUGGCAUAGCGAGAUCAUGACGGACGCGCUCACCGACUUGCUGGUGCGCUGGUACCAGCUCGGCGCCACCUUCCUCGAAAAGCAGCGAAGACCAUCGCCUGCGUCGGCGCUGUACCAGGGUUGCGUCUCUCGGGAGGGCCACACCUACGAGCGCCUCGAAGAGGUUCUGUCGUUCCUCAGGGACCGCGGACUGCACUGGCCCCGCCGGGUGACAGGCGUGGGCGCCACCAAGCACGCCCUGGACGUCAUCCUCGACCUCCUCAUCAACUGGGGCGUGCCCUUCUGGCUCGAGAUAAGCCUGAAACAACUACCCGGCGACACCAGGCACGUGUCUCUCUACGCGGUCAGCUAGAGGCGGCACCGCCCCCGCGGCCCGCUUCCGUAAUUUCACCAUCUUCGGCAACCUUUGAACAGAUAAAAGCAUUACUCAUUAAAGGCUU